AUGGCCAGCAACGGCCGCCUCGCUGCCAUCUUGGGACCAUUCCGUCUCGUCUGGCCAUCCCUCCAACUGCAUUACGAGGCUUUCAAAGAGGCCAUUCGGAACGACGGUCUCUUCGCCACGUUUACACAUCUCCAAAGAAUUCGAGACACGGCCACAGCAAAACUCUUCACUGACGGUUUCAUCGCCUUUGAAAAUACCACCGUUGUCCCCUCCCUUGUCCGCUCUGCUCACGGCAAAAUUCUCGAACUCGGCCCUGGAGCAGGCAACCAAAUCCACCGUUACGACCCAGCCCUUGUAGACUUCAUAUACGCCGUUGAACCCAACCCACACUAUGAAGAUGACAUUGCUACAAAAGUCAAGAAAGUUGAUCUCCAGGAUAAGUACAAGCUCCUAGCCUGUGGUGUCGAAGACAGCGACAUUUUGAGCAAAGAGGGAAUUACCGAGGGGAGUCUGGAUACUAUACUGAGUAUUCAGGUGCUGUGUGCCGUGGGUGAUUCGAAGAACGCAAUGAAGGAGAUAUACAAGUUGUUGAAACCUGGCGGAAGCUUUGUGUUUUGGGAACAUGUGAGAAACAAGGAUACCGCUACUGCAAUUGCGCAAGCUUGCUGGAAUCCUACUUGGAGCGCACUCGUCGGGUGUUGUCUGAACCGAGAUCUUAUGGAGGAGAUCCUAGCUGCUGGGGAGUGGGAGGACCCUGGUGCCAUUGAGGUGGCAGAUGAUCCAUAUACUUGCUUGCCUAGAAUUUGGGGCGAGCUCAAGAAGAAAGCUUGA